AAUUCCAUCUUGCUUGCAAGCUACUCCUAGUACAACAAUGAAAUGAUAUAUCAUUAUUAAUAAUCUUAUUCUAUCUCCUAGUAAAAUAUUCAAACCUUAUCGUAGUACUAUAAAUAAGCCUAUUCUAUCCGUUGACAAAUAAUUCAUUCUAUACAAACUAAUCCUUACAAACACAAUGAAAAUAGAAGUUAACGCUAGGCGAUUAUUCAUAGUACCUUUAAUACUUGUUGCAUUGUCAACAAGCUUCUUUUUCCUAGUAAAAGCUCAAGAUGUGCUCGACGUUUCCGGUAAAGAUGUCCGAAAAGGAGGGUAUUAUCGCAUCAUUCCGGCGGGUCGGGACAACGGCGGUGGAAUUACGGUGGCAUCUAUUAGAAACCGAACCAACCCGCUAGUCGUAAGCCAACAUGCCGAUGAAUCUAUCCUCAGCGUUAGCACUCAAUUUUCACCAGCAAACUCGAACGAAAAUACCAUCAAAAUAUCAAGUGAUCUGAACAUCAAGUUUACGUCAGAGAUAACAUUAUCUAAUUCGUCUAACGUAUGGAGAAUUAACACUGAAUUAAUUCCCCAACGUUAUUUGGUGACAGUUGGUGGAGUUGAAGGAAAUCCAGGGCGUGAAACUUUGAGCAAUUGGUUUAGGAUUGAUAAGUACGAGGAUGCUUACAAACUUGUGUAUUGUCCAGGAGUUUGUGAGACAUGUAGUAGAACAUUUUGUGGAGAUAUUGGAAUACUUGUUGAAGGUAACGAAAGGGUCUUGUUUGUUGGUUCUGAUAAACCAUUGAAAGUUACAUUUGAUUGUAUCAAAUACUGGGAUGAAACCAUAAAUAAUUAUACUCCAUGUUCCAGUGCCAUCAUCUCAAACAAAUUGCCAGCCUUAUCCUUUGUUAAAGUUGUAAUAUGGAUUGUUAUAUGUUUCCUGAUAAAGCUGAUGUAGAAGAUCAAAAAGUACCAGAAUAUUUAGUGAUGUAAUCAACUAGGUUGUUUCUUAUUAAACACCUAAUGUUAUUAGGUAGUGUGACUAUUGAACCCUGACAAUCAGUCAAAAGAAUAAAGUGUGUGUAAUUCACUUGC